AUGGCCAUCUUCACCACUCCCUUCAAACCUUCCCGUCCUUUACAAACUACCAAACAACCCAGCUCACACUCCAGACCAAGAAGCAAGAAGCGCAAGAGAUCCAAUACAACUCAUCAGGAAGAAAACCAUUCUGGGUCGGAUGAUUCGUCGUCUUCAACUUCUCGAGACGAUGCUCCCAAUCUCGACUACAUAGCUAGUCUCUCUCCUUUGGAAAGGAUCCAACACCGACUUGCUGGCCUGCCCUUUGACCAGCCUGUUCCACCACCGCCUUUUCCACACGCUCCUCUGAAAGAACAUCAUUCAGCCCAUCUUGCACAAGAUGCAAUUUCUACACACAUUUCCACUUCUAGGUCUUUACACUUCCAACACUUGGCCGUCUUGACCACCAUCAUUCACCGUAGUAUGGUUGCACAAGAUUAUGCACGAGCUUCAAGAGCCAUGGGUUUACUCCUACGCGACUCAACCGUUGCCAAUGAUGCCCCCAUCAGAAACAAAGGCUUCAUGGGAAUUGCUGCUGAAAUCCUGCUCAGACAAAACCGGGACCCCAGUUCUUCUUCCUCAGCGCCCGAGUCCAUCUCCGCAAUCAACCUGGAGAAUGCGAAACGAUUUUACGAGACUCUGAUCAUCCGACAUCCUUACCACAAGUCAUGGCCCGACUCGGUCAAUGCCAUUGAUUUUUACCUUGCGCUCUUCAAUAUUUGGAUCUACGCUGUGUCUGUCUCGGGUACUGAGCAUGAUUCAACUCCAGAUUCACCUCAUUCCGAUCAGCUAGAUUCACAAUCUCCGGCAAAGGUGAGAGAACUUGAACAAGCUAAUCAAAUUGCAACCCGAAUGGAUGAGUGUAUGACAACUCUUCCCUACAUGGAUGAGCCGGAAUUGAUUCGGCUGAGAGCCAUGGUCGAUUUAUGGCUCGCUGACCUAUAUGAAACGUGUCAUGCAUUUGCUGUGCCCCUAGAUCAGGUGAGCGAUACAAAUAGUCUGGAUCUUCCCGAUUAUUUCCACCUGGCACAGCAAUCUCGUGAACGCGCACAAGCGCGUCUCAUAAUAUUGGAAGGUCAGCCGAACAGCUCCAGCCCAUAG